AUGGAGAGUAACCAGAAUGAGAUUAUUUACAGCUUUGAUGACAUGAACCUCCCAAAUUCCCUCCUUCAUGGCAUCUAUGCUUAUGGUUUUGAGAAGCCCUCUGCUAUAGCCAUUCUACCUUGUGUCAAAGGUUAUGACGUGAUCGCUGAAGCCCAAUAUGGGACUGGGAAAACGGCCUCAUUUGCUAUAUUGAUUCUGCAGCAGUCUGAAUUAGAUCUAAAGGCUAACCAGGCCUUGGUCCUAGCACCCACUCAAGAAUCAGCUCAGCAGAUACAGAAGGUGGUCAUAGCACUAGGAUACUACAUAGGUGCCUCCUGUCACGCCUGUGUUGAGGGCACCAACGUACAUGCUCAGGUGUAG